UAGUGAGGUCUCAGCCUGGUGCGUGACUCCGCCUCUCCGCUCCUCCGCUCCUCCCCUCCUCUCCGGGCGUUUAGUCUUCUCUCCGGCGCAGCAGCCUUGCGCACACCCGAGUCCUCGGUGCUCCUCGCUUGUCCCCAACGAGGUGCAUCCAGGGAGCCCAUGGAGCCCACUCGCAGUGCGCCUCCGGGGGACGGCGCUGCUGAGGCACUCCUGAAAGAGCUGGAGCGUCAGGUGCAGGAUGUGGUGCGGGCGAGCUCGUGGUGGGAGCGCCACGGUGUGGACUGCGCCAUCCUCGCUCUCAGCCUGCUCGCCCUGCCGGCUGGGUUCCUGUGCCUACGCUUCCAUAAUGUUCUGGCCUUUGCCACUGGCAUUACAAUCUUGGGUGUGUGCCACUAUACACUCACGGUCAAAGGCAGCCACCUGGCUACUCACAGUGCCCUCACAGAGUCCAAACGCUGGAGCAAGAUCUUGAUGAUUUUCUUUGUGGAGGUGUGCACAGCCUUUCCUGCAGAGUUUGCUAAGUUCAACCACGUGAAUAUGCACCACGGUUACACCAACGUGUUGGGUCUGGGAGACUCCAGCACAUGGAAGAUGCCUCUCCUCAACCGCUACGUCUACAUGCUCCUUGGACCGCUUUUGGUCCCCCUCCUAACGCCACUGGUAGCUCUUGAGCAUUUGAGGAAGGAAGAGCUGAAGACGGCACUGCGGGCUUUGGGCUUCAUUUGCCUGGGCCUUUACUCUCAGUACUGGCUGUUCAUGAACGUGUCGGGCUUCAAGAGCCCUGCUUCAGCGCUGGCCUGCAUGCUGCUCGCCAGGUCCCUGCUGGCCCACCCCUACCUCCACGUCAAUAUCUUCCAGCAUAUUGGAUUGCCUAUGUUCUCCCCGGACAAGAAGCCCAGGCGGAUUCACAUGAUGACGCUGGGGGUUCUGAACCUGCCCCGGCAGCCAGUGCUGGACUGGGCGUUCGGCCACUCCCUCAUCAGCUGCCAUGUGGAGCACCACCUCUUCCCUUGGCUCUCUGACCACAUGUGCUUGAAGGUCAUGGCUAUGGUUGAACAGAGGAGGGCUCCUGGGGUAGGCAAGCCUGUGACUCAGAGGGUUCUCCUGCAACUCUGUCUCAGGUGAAGCCCGUGGUAUCCAAGUUUCUCCACGACAAGAGGCUACCCUAUAAUGAAGACUCGUACUUGGCUCGAUUUCAGCUGUUUCUUAGUCGCUAUGAGGAGUUCAUGGUGCAUGUCCCGCCCAUCACUGAGCUGGUGGGGCUGCAGUGAAGGCUGGGCCCACUCCCUAGCCAGUCCUGGCCUUCCUGUAUUGCUGGCCCUUGGUGGGGACUGGUGGGCCUGGAGACGUCUGGGAUCUGAAUUGGAGAAGAGUGUUGGGAGAAGAACUGAAAGCAAUCCAGAGGCUGUGUGUCCUGAUCUUACUAGGCCUCAGAUGACUCCAUCUAGAAUCCUUCUUUCUGCUGCAUCUGAGCCAGAGGGUAGGGCCGAGGUGGCUGGUGACAGGUGAGGUGGGGUACUCAGGAGGUACAGAGAUAGAGCCAGCCUCCUCGGCUCAGACCUCCUUGGUGCUCAGGCUGUUGCUUCUUCCUGUACCCUCUGAGGUUUUAGUCCCCCAGGCUCCUCUCCCUAGGGUCAGCAGGGUGAGGCCAUGUUUUUAGCAGACACUCUUCCCCCGCCCCCCACUCUUCAACUGAAGGAGCCUGUGCCACACUGGUCUCAGCAGCUCCAGGACACACAGAGUCAGUGAGAUAAAAGGGAAUGUAUUUCCAGGGAAGUGCUCCAGAGGGGAGCAAACCCGGGGACAAAAUCGGAGAAGGAACUGCUGGCUUUGAGCGUGACCUCGGCUAGCUCUAAACAGCUCUGUUUUGUUCCAUGUUCAGAAGACUCCAGCCUGGGUGACAGAAUUACUGGGAGGUGGUUGAGACUGGAGGAGGUGACCUGGGACUGGGCUGGGAGGAUGGGGAGGGAUGAAAAAUGGGGUGAGGGUAGGGUAGUGAGAUAGGAGAGUUGAAGACAAGGGCUUGGCUGUGGGAGAGAAGAUUGCAAGCUGGGUAGGAAUAUAAGGGAGCCUCUGAUGCCAAACCUAGAAGGAAGCCAAGCCGGGGAACAACACUGAGAUCCAGCCAAACGGGCAACAGAGAGAAGCUGGGCACCACUUCAGCGAGACAGCAGAGCAGAGAGGGCUCAGUGGAAGGAUGAGGUUAGACCUGCACGCUCCAGGAGACCGGAGCCAUUGUUAGGUUAUAACCUGGCUUCUCACUUCCCCACUCUGGCAUUUUCUUUGGCUGAUUCUUGGCAGGCUGUGCUGAGCAAUGGCUUUUACUGACUAGAUGUUGAGAGCCCAAAUCACGACAGUCAAAAAUGUCUCCUUGAUAUAGCCAACUGUCUCCCAAGUGACAAAACUCUCCUUGAUUGAGACCACGGAGGUCGUUCUAGUUAACUCACUGGAUGGAAAGGUGUGCUACUCUGGUGAUGGGAGGGUCAACUGGGAUGGGCAGACCAGCCUGUUGGGACCCAUCUCUGGAUGGGGACUGACGUGCCCUAGACAGAUGCAGCUGCCACUGGACUGACAAUCCUUCUCCCAUCUUCUCCCCACCCUCCUCUAGCCGAGAGCACAGCUUCUUCCAGGGCCCUUUCCUCCAGCUAUGGCUCUUGGCCAGCCUCUCCUUUGGGCUCCCUCUGGGCAGGGCCUGGCCUGGCAGAGGCUUCUAGCUGCCGCUGGCCACUCAGUGCUUCCCUGGCUCCUUAUCUCUGCUCAGGACUCUCCACGAUCGUCACUCUCUCCUGUCGAGCGUGUGCCAUCUGUUCACUGCUGGGAUGCUGGCUCACAGCAGUUCUGGAUCCAGGCCACCCCCUCCGGCUUUGCUACCGGCUACUGCUGCCCAUUUGAAAUGCGUUAGCGAGUUCAGAGGGGGCCUUAAGGUCUGAGCGCGUGAUUCGUCAUUGGCAAAUUCUCCCUCUGAAAAAUGCAAGGAUAGAAAAGGGUCCUGGCAGCAUACCGUCGUAAGCUAAUGAUUAAAACUAUCCAAAUAUGCAA